AUAAAUCCUCUCAGCAUUCAGAGAACAGUCAUAACCCUGCUGCUGCUGCUGCUGCACUUUCUCAAUUCUCCUGGAUCUCUCCUGAAAGCAUGCAUUCCCUCCUGCUGCUCGCGGUCAGCCUGAGUGUGCUGCUCAGUGUCCUCGCUCAGAAACCGCAGCCCUGCAAGGCUCCACCAUACCUUGAGGGAAAAUUAGUGGUGGUGUCCCCUGAGGGAAAGUCAUUGGUGUUUGAGCAGUUCUACUAUGACGCAGUGGAACAGAGGAUUCGUGUGAUCGCAUCUGGAAAAGAAGGCACCCACAAUGUGUUUGUGGACGUACUUAUGCUCUAUAGAGAGAGGUUCUACUACGAGAUCAGUUACCACAACAAAAGCUGUACUAAGGUGCCUUUCAGUGCUGCCUUUAUUCCCAUUGAGAUUCCCAUUGAUGCCCAGCACAAAGCUCAGUUCGUCAUAGGAAGCCUCUCUGCUCCUGCACAGGGCAUCCUGGUCAACAACUGGGAGGGAUCAAUUGCUGAGAUUAAGGCAAACUACUCCAUGACCUUCACAGAGUUUGGCUGCAUUCCUGUCACCACUCUGUACAGCAUUGAGCAAAAAGGGCCACAUGCUUUUGCUAGCUUCUUUGACAUCGUCAUCGGGAUAGAAAAUCCAGAGGUAUUUAUUCCUCCAUCGUUCUGUACCUCUGCAAAACUGGUGGAACAGAAACCUGGUGAAGUGGCAGACUUCUUCACAGCUCUCAUGUGAACUGCUCAGCAUACAGUACAUGCAAUCAUGUAAUCGGAUAAACCAUUUUCAACCACAUAAUGUAACUUUACUGAGGUCUUGUGGUUUUACCUGAAAUUCACAUAAAAUAACAACACCAGGUUGGAAAAAAAAA